AAAGAAACAAAAGGUUAUGUUAUAUUCAAAAUGACUAUCUCUGUCAAAGGCAUUCGUCCCGACGGCAGGCCAAAUCAAAGGUUAUCGUGGGCCAACUUUGGCCACGGGCCCUAUUUUAGGCAUCUCUGCUCUAAAUGAAAGCAUUUAAAACAAAUCCAGAGAAACCAAAAAUAAACUUAAAGUUCUCUCUUAAUCUUUUACAAAUAUUUCCUAUGCCCUAUAGUUUAGCUUACACAUUCAAUGGCGAAUAUCUUUUUAAUAGCGUUAUUAAUUAAGCAACAGAUUUGUUCACUUCGUAACCCCAGGCAGGGUAACCAGCACAUGUGUUGUUAUUGCUGUAUUGGCUGCACUAUAUGAAUAUUUGUGGCCGAUCUGCAGAUGAGGAUGCGUGUGCUUGUUCUGGCGCUGCUGUUGCCGGUGUUAAUGAGCGCAGAAUCAGAAUGCAGGUGCAGCUGUCGACUCACAAACAUCUCCAUCACUGUGGAGAGCGAAGAAUGUGGGAGCUGCGUCACAAUCGACACCACAGCCUGUGCAGGACUAUGCUGGACAAUGGAUCGAGUUUACCCUAGUUCCAUGGCACAGCACACCCAGAAGGUCUGUAACUUCAAGAACUUGAUGUACAAGAGCUACGAGUUUAAAGGCUGUCCUGCAGGGGUUGAUUCAGUCUUCGUGUACCCCGUGGCUCUGAGCUGUGAGUGCAACCAGGUUAACUCAGACACAACAGACUGGGGAGCUAUCAGCCCGCAGACCACCAGCUGCAGCAUACACUAGAGCACUGUAUCAUGACCUUAACAACAUCUACAUUGCAGAAUCAAAUUAAGUAAGGAGUACAAUUAGACCAUUUAAGGAUAUCAAUUAUUUACAAAACCUUUAGUUUUUCAUGCAUCCCACACACAUGGUAAUUUGGUUACUUGAAUUAAUCUGUUGUGUUAAUUCUAUAGUUGGUACUAUGGUAACUAGAGUACUAGAGUACCCAAUGCUAUACUAGUUUUAAUUACUGUUAAUUAUAGAAAAGUAUGCUACAGUAUUUAUUACAGUUUUUCUGUUUUCAAUAUUUAGUACUACAGUAUGCUAGUGCAUUCAUUAACAAUAAGCUGUAAAUACUAUAAUAAAUACAGGUUAAUACACUUUACUAUAGUAUGCUUGAUAAACACUAUUAUUUAAUGUGAGUUACUAUAGUACUUUUCAAUUGGGAUUUGUCAUUUUGGAUAUUGUGGGCUUUUUGGCUAUUCAUAAAGUUUUUUUUUUUUUUUUUGAAAUUUUCAGUCAAAUGGAAAGAAAUCCACCAUAAUACACUUGUGUUUCUUUUGUCAAACUUAUCAAUUUGUGUCUGUAGAUUUCAAUUACAAUACAUAUUUUAAAGGC